AACCCCAUAGCUUGUAAAGUUGAUGCAAUUUUGGCCUACAAAAACCCGAUUCGCGAAACAUUUCUUGUCACCUAAAUUACCCUCAACCCUUUGUUCUUGUUUGUUCCAAUGGCCAAGACCAUUUUAAGAUCAAAUCAUCAUCUAACAGUGUGUUGUGUUCUGGGGCUGUUUAGUCUUCUGAUGUUGAUCCAGAAAGGUGGUGCAUUUGAGCACGAGGUUGGUGGUGCAAAUGGCUGGACAGUCCCCAGUAAUCAAAAUCCGGUCAGCUAUAAUCAAUGGGCAGAAAAGAAUCGGUUUCGAAUCGGAGACACUCUGGCUUUUCACUACCCAGCUCAGAAAGACUCGGUACUUCAAGUAACGAAAGAAGACUACGACAAUUGCAACACAGAGAAACCAGUCAAAAAAUCUGACGAUGGCCACACGGCAUUCAAGUUCGAGCAAUCAGGGCCUUUCUACUUCAUAAGUGGAGUCAAAGACAAUUGCCUGAAGAAUGAGAAGUUGGUGGUGGUUGUGAUGGCAAAAAGAAGCGGUGCCUCUUCCAUCGUCAUGAGCUUUAUUGCUUUAACUGCAGCUUUUCUGGGUUCAUCUCUACUUUUUGUUUUCUAACUGAUUGAUUCUUAUCUUUCACUUUUUUAUUUUGUUGGUUUGUCUGAUUUUCCCAACCUUGAUUCAGUGUAUAUGAUAGGGUUUUCAAGAGAAAUUGUUGAGGAAUAAGCUUGGGCCACGUAUGGGUGGAUUGUUAUACUUGACUGUGAAAACAAUGCAUAAAAGGAAUAAAUUGGUUUUUAUGAUGCA